AUGCCGACCGAAUUCAUCAGUCUGACGUUCAACAAUGCUUCCACAGAGCUCAAGCCGAUUCCCGGUGCCGGAAUCGAUCCUGAUUACCUUAAGCGAUAUGCUCGCUCUUUAGAUGAUUACGCAUUUAAUUACACACUUGUGCCAUAUGGCUCUUCAUCUUUUGACCCGUUCACAAUUGGUGCCACUAUUGCGUCGGUAACCAAAAAUUUGAAAGUGAUCAUUGCUCUUCGCCCAAAUACUCUGUAUCCCACAGUUGCAGCCAAGGCCUUGGCAACAUUGGAUCAACUGAGCUCUGGACGAGCUGUUGUUCAUUUUAUCGCUGGUGGAAGCGAUGCAGAGCAAGCUAAAGAGGGUGACUUUCUCGACAAGGACCAACGAUACGCGCGUCUGGAAGAAUACAUUCGCAUUCUCCGUCGUGCGUGGGAGUCUCCCGAUCCAUUCGACUGGGAGGGAAGAUAUUAUCAAUUCAAACAGUUCAGCAAUGAUGUGCGACCAGUUAAUGGGACGAUCCCAGUGUCGGUUGGCGGUUCAUCGGACGAGGCGUAUCGCAUUGGUGGCUCUUUGGCAGAUAUUUUCGGUUUGUGGGGCGAGCCUCUCAAGGAGACCAAGCAGCAAAUCGAUCGUAUUUAUGCCGAAUCAGACAAAGCUGGUCGUUCUGAGAAGGACCGACCACGGAUCUGGGUCACGUUCCGUCCUAUUACCGCGGAAACAGAUGAGCUCGCCUGGGCCAAGGCGCACAAAACACUAGAUGCACUUACAACGCAUCGUGCUAAUGGCCUCGGAAAAGCCCCUGCUAAUGCUCCGGCGCCUCAAAACGUAGGAUCUCAGCGCUUGCUUGACAUUGCAUCUCGUGGUGAGGUCCAAGAUCGUGCUCUUUGGUAUCCUACAGUGACUGCAACGAAUGCUCGUGGUGCUUCGACAGCUUUGGUUGGAUCUCACCAGACUAUUAUUGACUCAAUUUUGGAUUAUGUCGAUCUUGGUGCCGAGCUCAUCUCUAUUCGUGGCUAUGACAAUUUCAACGACGCUGUUGACUACGGACGAUACAUUCUUCCUGGUGUACGUGAAGUACUUGAAUCCCGGGCAGGAAACUGA